AUGUAUUUAAUAUACUUCGGUGUAGUGUGUAGUAGUUUUAUCAUUCCUCAAGCGCUUUUAAACAUAAAUAGCUUGAAUAAAAUCUUAAAUAUUAUUUACUAUAAUAUUAAUAAAUUUUUAUUUAAACUUGUGCUAUUUUUUUUUUUAUUAUUAACUAAGAUGGAUAAUCGUUCAUGCGAUAGUCCUAGUAAGUGCACAUGGGUCCCAAAUGCCGAAACGCCGCAUAUCGUUCGUAAUGUAUUAAAUGAUAGGAAAAAAGUAUUACCGGAUAUUUUAGAAUGCAUAGGUCAAACACCUAUGAUUAGGCUUAAUAAAAUUCCUAAAUUAUUUGGAGUUCAAUGUGAAGUCUUUGCAAAAUGUGAAUUCUUUAACCCCGGUGGAUCUGUAAAAGAUCGUAUCGGUUAUCGCAUGGUCCAAGAUGCUGAAGCCAAAGGAUUACUGAAGCCCGGUUCCACAAUAAUAGAACCGACAAGUGGAAAUACCGGAAUCGGUUUAGCGAUGACUGCUGCUGUUAAAGGGUAUCGUUGCAUAAUCGUAAUGCCGCAAAAAAUGUCUAAUGAAAAGCUGUUUACUCUCCACGUUCUCGGGGCUGAAAUUAUCCGAACACCAACCGAGGCGAGUUGGGACAGCCCCGACGGGCAUAUCAAAGUCGCUGAAAAGCUCCAGAAGCAAAUUCCUAAUAGUAUUAUUUUGAAUCAAUAUCUUAAUCCCGGUAAUCCAUUGGCCCACUACGAUCAAACUGCCCAAGAAAUCUGGGAACAAUGCCAAGGAAAAUUAGACUAUCUGGUUGCAGGUGCUGGUACUGGCGGUACAAUUACUGGAAUAGGUCGCAGAUUGCGUGAAUUAUCUCCGGAAAUUAAAAUUGUUGGUAUUGAUCCGCUUAGUAGUAUUUUAGCAGAACCACCAGAGCUAAAUAAGACUAAUAUUACGUUUUAUGACGUUGAAGGUAUUGGAUAUGAUUUCAUACCAACCGUUUUAGACCGUACGGUUAUUGACAAAUGGAUGAAAACUAAUGAUCAUGAAUCGCUAAAUAUGUCAAGAUUGCUAAUAAAAAACGAAGGUAUAUUAUGCGGUGCAAGCAGCGGUGCUGCAGUUUACUCAGCAAUGAAAUUAGCUAAAGAUUUGCCGAAAGAUAAGAGAGUUGUGGUCGUACUUCCCGAUGGGAUUCGUAAUUACAUGACAAAGUUUGUUUCCGACAACUGGAUGAUAGCACGUGGAUAUAUGGAUCCACCAGCUCCAGCAGGAAGUGAAAGUUGGUGGAAUAACCCCUUGCCGGCAGAAAUAAUCACCAAGCCAACAACUUUACUACCCAAUGCAACUUGCAAAGAAGCGUAUGAUAAGUUGAAAAAAGAAUCUUGCGAUUUUAUUGUGACUGUUAAUGCCAGCGAUAGAGUCACUGGGUACAUUACGCCGCAAUCAAUCAGAGCAGGAGUGAUGAAUGGCUCCGUUAAGUGGUCUGAUACCAUCGAAAAAAUUAUCGUUAAACAAUUCUAUAAAUUAUCCGACACUGCCAGUCUUGGUCGCGUUGCUGUUACACUCGAGAAAGAACUCUUAGCUGUCAUUAUUAAGGACACUGAACUUGGAGAAAAGUUCGUUGGAGUUGUUACUCAGGAAAAUGUUUUUGAGUUUGUUUCUAAAUAUAAUUUAUAA